CCUUGUUCCUUUUCCUUUUCCAUACUACUACCAUUAUAAAUAGAACUCAGUCACAAGCACUUCAUUCCACACUUACAUACAUACCUAAGCAAAGAAACAAAACAACUCACUCGUUUGUUAAGUUAAUCAAUCAUGUCGAACACGGUUGGUCAGAUCAUCAAGUGCAGAGCUGCGGUUGCAUGGGAGGCUGGGAAGCCUUUGGUGAUUGAAGAAGUAGAGGUGGCGCCACCGCAGGCAGGUGAAGUUCGUCUCAAGAUACUCUUCACCUCUCUUUGCCACACUGAUGUUUACUUCUGGGAAGCUAAGGGACAAACUCCAUUGUUUCCUCGUAUUUUUGGUCAUGAAGCUGGAGGGAUUGUGGAGAGCGUAGGUGAAGGUGUAAGUCACCUGAAACCAGGGGAUCAUGCUCUGCCUGUAUUCACAGGAGAGUGUGGGGAAUGUCCACAUUGUAAGUCAGAGGAAAGCAACAUGUGUGAUCUUCUUAGGAUCAACACCGACAGAGGUGUCAUGCUCAAUGACAACAAGUCCAGAUUUUCUAUUAAGGGACAACCUGUACACCAUUUCGUUGGCACCUCUACAUUCAGCGAGUACACUGUGGUACAUGCUGGAUGUGUUGCAAAGAUUAACCCUGAUGCACCACUUGACAAAGUUUGCAUACUCAGUUGUGGAAUAUGCACUGGUCUUGGUGCUACCAUCAAUGUUGCAAAGCCAAAACCUGGCUCUUCUGUUGCUAUCUUUGGACUUGGAGCUGUUGGCCUUGCUGCUGCUGAAGGGGCAAGGAUUUCUGGGGCAUCAAGAAUCAUUGGAGUUGAUUUAGUUUCCAGCCGAUUUGAAUUAGGUACAACUCUUUUAUCUUCUCUGAAAUCCUUGAUGAUUUGGAUCAACAUAAAUUCAAUGAAUGUUCUUUUUCUGAUGGCAAUUCCUAUUCUUUUCUUGUUGGCAGCUAAGAAGUUUGGGGUAAAUGAGUUCGUAAACCCAAAAGAGCACGACAAACCUGUGCAACAGGUAAUUGCUGAAAUGACGAAUGGAGGUGUAGAUCGAGCUGUUGAAUGUACCGGUAGCAUCCAGGCCAUGAUCUCAGCAUUUGAAUGUGUCCAUGAUGGUUGGGGUGUUGCUGUACUUGUUGGAGUGCCAAGCAAAGAUGAUGCCUUCAAAACUCAUCCUAUGAAUUUCUUGAAUGAGAGGACUCUUAAGGGUACCUUCUACGGAAACUACAAACCCCGCACUGAUCUUCCUAAUGUUGUAGAGAAGUACAUGAAAGGGGAGCUGGAACUGGAGAAAUUCAUUACACACACAAUACCAUUUUCAGAGAUUAACAAAGCAUUCGAUUACAUGCUGAAAGGGGAGUCCAUCAGAUGUAUCAUCAAAAUGGAGGAGGUCAGUACACCCUAGUCAAAUGAGGGACUCGCUUCAAGGAAAACUCUGUCGAGAUUACUUUCACGAGCAAAAAUAGAUGGUCGUCGAAAUUUCAAGAUCUAUCCGGACAUUUGAAAUAUCCUCCUUUCCUUUUCGAUGCAUGGUGGGUACCAUCUCAAUUAGUCAAGAAGAUAGUGUGUUGCAAAGAAUGCAUAUGAUGAAAGAACGAAAGGUAAUGAUCAAGGAAGUCUUAUAGCUUUUACCAAAGAUCACAAGUUAUCUUACGAAAAUGAAGGAAGUAAGCACUACCAACGGUCCAGAUUUUUCCAAAAGAUACUCAAGUAUUCUAGUCUCCGAUGGUCAUCAUGAUAAAGCAAAUGAAAAGACAUCAAGGAUAUGGAGUGCAUUUAUGGCGCAAGUUCCCCAUGACAAUGAUGUCACAUAACGACUUCUCAUUUAAAUCGAGCAAUGAUGGGUAGAAGAAGAAAAGUGCAGCAAAGCCCUUAUUCUACAGAGUAAGAGAAAGGGCUUGGGGGACAACUGUUCUGGACUGUCCAGAAGGCUUAAUAAUUAUAGUGCAUAAAACAAAAUGGCUCAUUGGACCGUGUGCCGGGCAGGUACACCAUCCUAGACGAGGAAGCAGACAAUCUCAACCCAAGAUCAAUUGGAAAAACUCUCAUACAUCGCGUCGUUAGAUUAUGCAAGUUGUUAUAACUGUCCUACUAUGUAAAAGGGAGAACACGUUAUUUCUCGGAUAAUUCAAAUUCAAAUCUCAUUCACUUCA